ACCACACACUACACACUAUACCUCAACCAGAAGAACCAGAAACCACUACACCUCCCCAGCUUCAACAACCACAAUCACACUCAACCAUAUUUCACUGCCUACCCACAAAAACCACGGAAGCUCCAGAAUCACCCAAACAGCAGAACCGCACAACCCUCAAGAACCCCCCGAACCUCCCCCCUCCCCCCUUCAAAGGAAAACAAAAUGUCCACCCAAAAACAACAUAUAGCCCACACCCUCCUCCUCCGCGCGCACUCCCCCGACACAGCCGCCACGCUCUUUACUGAACGCAUCAAACAGAAACCCCUCUACGUGCGCCCGACCUCCCCGACCCCGGAAGACAACCGCCAACGCCGCCGUCUGCACCGUCUCCGCAGAAAGGAGUAUUUUCUCCGGAAGCAGAAGCCGCGUCCCCUUUCUGCACGAGAGAAACGAGAAAACCCGGGGACGUUCGGGGUUCCUCUCUCCACCAAACGGAAGAAUAAGAAUAAGAAGCAGCAGCAACAGCAGCAGGAGGAGGAGAAAAAGGAGAAGCACAAGGAGGAGGGAACGGGUACGGGUACGGGGAAUGUUGUCGAUGAGGAGUCGUCCCAGCAACAGCAAAAGAAGCAGGCCGAGGAAUACAAAUACGCGACCUUCCAGCAACUCCACAAACUCUGGGUGGAGUAUAUGGUCUCUGUCUUGGAUCUGGGAGGGAAGACCGGGGCGGUGGUCACGCCGAGCUCGCACGGUAGCAAACUGGUUAGUUGCGAUUACCACGGGGCGGAGGUCGAGGUGGUGAGGAGUCGGUGUGCGGGGAGGGUGGGGUUGCGGGGCGUGGUGGUGAGGGAUGGGAUGUUUGCUUUUACGGUCGUGAUGGAGGGGGAUCGUGUUGUCGUCAUUCCUAAGGAACAUACCGUCUUUCGCUUCUGCUUGCCUUUACCUUCUUCUCGGGGGGACGGAGAUGGGAAGGAGGAUGGAGGGGAAGAGAAGAAGCUCGUCUUCGAGUUGCAUGGCAGUCAGUUCCAGAAUCGACCGGUCGAUCGCGCGAAUAAGAAGUUCAAGUGGAGGAACGUGGAUUACGUUUGAGUUUGGGUCCGGUUUGGAGCUUGAAUUUUGUUGGAUUGGUUGAUGUGGGAAUGGAACUGCUUCGCAUAGUUUUGAGCUUGCAUGCGUCACUGCAGUCAGUCAGACGGACGUCUCUCUACAGCCGAGGCUGCGCUGUCUUACGUUGGACUCAGUCAGAGUCUGGUCACGGGGCGAUAAGUCUGUCUGCAGCUCACAAGAGUUCGCCCGGUGCCCGCGGCAGGGUAGGUCGAUGCAGUGCGAGCAUGAUGCGCGAUAUGUGCAAGCAUCGCGCCACACACACGGCUUCACGCCGAGAGAUGCUGCUAGCAGAGGACAGGCUGCGACGAGGAAGUCUUCAGGACUUCCAUGAAAGCCUACAUCAGGUCUGAUUGACAGCGCUUUUGUCAUUGAUCUACAUGAAUCAACCCCGAUAACAUCAUGUCCAUAUCCAUUCAUUCAUUGAUCCUACAUGAUCGACCCAGAUACC